UUAAUGUCAAUUUUUCACCCCAACAACAUUAUUCAGAAGAAGAAAGAUUGGCAUGGCGACAUGCAACCAGAUCUACACGUGAGAUAUGAAGCUAAGAAUAUUUAUUGAGGCCAUUGAGCAACGCUUGAAUCUUUAACUCAGAAACAAUGAUUGUGAUUCAUUAAAAUUUCCCCGUAAACAAAAAUUAAAUCGAUGAGAACAAAGGAAGAAGAAGUGAGAGAGUGAGAGAGAGAGUAAAAGCUAAAGUAGAAGAAAGAAAAUUGUAUGAAUACUUUUUCUCCUUUCUUAUUGUUUGAAGCACAUUGUAGGGUGUAUGCUCAGGAGUCUUCAAUUUCUUUGCCGUUUACUCUAUUUUAAGUAUUUUUGAUAUAAAGUAGAUAAUAAGUAUUGAUACCAAAAAACAUAUUUGAAUCAUCAGUUAAAAUAAAACUUAAAAUGCCAUUUGUACAAAGAGCGUGUGUGAAUAAAUUCUUUUUUUUAUAAAGGUAUUUCAAAUAUUUGUUGUCAAAUAAACAAAAUAUAUUCCAAUGAUGAUGAUACAUUUGUUUUCCCUCACACACAAUUCCUUAUUCAACAUCAAAUUUUCUUUUUCCUUUCCUCUG